UUGGUCGCGUCCGCGCCGCCGCCGGCCAAGCUGGCCUGCACCAUACGAGGCGUGAGAUAGGGAGGCACGGGCGCGACCAUCCGCGCUGCGGCGGCAGCGAGUCAGCGCUGCCUCAGUCUGCGGCGGGCAUCAGAGGAGUCGCAUCGUGCCUGAGAGCGCGGUUGUGCUCUUGAGCCCCGCGCGGCCCGCCCCCGCGGCUGCUGGCCAGAUUGCCCCUAGGACCCCCUGCCCCAAGCCGCAGCCAUGAACUACCUGCGGCGCCGCCUGUCGGACAGCAACUUCAUGGCCAAUCUGCCGAAUGGGUACAUGACAGACCUGCAGCGCCCGCAGCCGCCCCCGCCGCCGCCCUCUGCUGCCAGCCCCGGAGCCACGCCCGGUUCCGCGACUGCCACUGCCGAGAGGGUCUCCGCAGCCGCCCCGGCGGCCUCACCGGCAGCCCCUAGUCCUGGGUCCUCAGGAGGCGGUGGCUUCUUCUCGUCGCUGUCCAACGCGGUCAAGCAGACCACAGCGGCUGCCGCCGCCACCUUCAGCGAGCAGGUGGGCGGAGGCUCUGGGGGCGCAGGCCGCGGGGGCGCCGCCGCCAGGGUGCUGCUGGUCAUCGACGAGCCGCACACCGACUGGGCCAAGUACUUCAAAGGGAAAAAGAUUCAUGGAGAAAUUGACAUUAAAGUAGAACAGGCUGAAUUCUCUGAUCUCAACCUUGUGGCUCAUGCCAAUGGUGGGUUCUCUGUGGAUAUGGAAGUCCUUCGGAAUGGAGUUAAAGUCAUGCGGUGAGUAGAGAAAGAGAACCUUGGUGUUAUGGGAGAGAAAUAAGGGUCCCUUAGCACUGGGGGAGAUUCCCCACCUCCCCCAUCCAUCCCUCCGUGAGCAAGAACUUAGGGACAGAAUGUGGGGCGAUAGCUUUGCUUUUGAAGAACAGCCAAGGGUACCAACAGACCACAUGCAAACUUUUUAAUUAUCCAUUCAACAAACAUUUGUUAAGCAUCUACUGCAUGCCAUGUGCAGCUCUAAGCACUUUACACUCAAUAAAUAUUUAUUGAGCACCUACUGUGUGCCAGGAGCUGUUCAACAUACUGAGGACCUAACAGUGAACAAAACAGACCAAAAUAAAAUAGACAAAAAAAAAAAAAAAACCACAAAUCUCUGCCCUCAUGAAGCUUACAUUCUACUGCGGUAUGCAGCAAUU